UGCGAUUAAGGGCGGUGUGUUGGCUGCAGAAUGUACUUGCCUGAUUUAGUUGAUGGUCCUGAUGGCUUUUAGUCUGAAGCAUUGUAUUAUCUUAUGUUUGGGUAUCAUAGCACAUGAGCAUGUCUUGUUCUAAACUGGCUGGAGGACAGCAGUGUUGCUGCCCAUUAUGAAAAGCAACUGAAUGGCCUCAAAGAGUGUAAUCCACCCAGGGGAGGAAUCUGAGUCUUCUGCUGAUGAGGCAUACAGUGACGACGAGUUUGUGACCUCGGCGGACCUCGAAGAAAUAGACACGUCCGUGGCUGCUGUGCAGGGGCAGGCGUCCGUGCAGCAGCAGCGGCGGCGGCGACAGCCGGCAGCCAGGCCUGACGACACCCAGCACUCGGUUCUGCACCACAAGCUGCGUGAAGCCAACGUUAAAUUGCGCAACGCCAUCAAGCUUCAGAUUGUCACGCCGUACCAACGGUCGACCCGGAAUGUACGGAACCUGACGUACUCCCUGUCCAAGAUCCAGGCCUCUAUGUCAGAAGCUUGUCUGCACCUGCAGCAAAUCCGCGACGAUUUGAAGGCAACCGAAGAUAAAACAUUCGACAUCGUGUCCAGCGAUUAUCUUGUAGACGUCAAGAUCUAGGAAGUGGUGAUUCACUUGCUCCUUAUGGUCAGCACUGGAGCCGGAAACAUAUCUGACUAACUAACCUCCAUCUUACACACAAAUAUCGCGAUGGGUUUGAUAAACGAUGAACUGGAAGAGGUCAGAAAGAUGUGUCAAAACGUGGUACUUGACAGUAAGUUAAUAACCUGCGUGCCGGCCAUGGUUCGCAUCGAGAUCCGCAAAACCGACUUCAAGCAGCUGGCAGCGUGCUUCCAGUUUCCAUCCGAAUACCCUCGCCAGAUCAUCCUGCUGGAGCUCAAGAGCAAGACGCUGUCAGACAAGCUGCUGGAAGGCCUCGUCAAGAUCUGUGAGGCCGAGGCUAAGAAGCUGCUGGGUAAGCCGCAGAUCCUGCCGCUAGCCAAGUUCGUCAGCCGCUUCCUGGACGAGAACCCGCUGAGCUGCUGCUCUGCUGAGCUGUCGCGCGUGCGCCGCGAGGCCCUCGCCGACGGCGACGAGCUCAAGCUGAAGCAGAAGACGUCGACCGUGUCGCUGUCGCUGCGCUGCCAGCAGUACCACUACCGGGCGCACCUGGUGGUGCCGGCCGACUACCCGCGCGAGCGCGUCGCCGUCGAGGAGCGCAGCUGUAACCUGCCCGGCCCGCUGCGCCGCUGGCUGACCGGCCAGGCUGGGGAGCUGGCGCGCUGCUGCGUCGAGCCGCCGCUGCGGCCGCCGCGCAACGCGCCGCCCUUCGAGCCACGUCCCUCGCUCGAGCCCGUGGUGCGCUUCUUGGCUACCGACUUUCGCCGCUUUCCUACCGACGUCUGUCAGCACUGCAAGAAGGUGGCACUGCCCGCGGACCCGGCCGAUGUAGUCGAGGACGGCGGCGCAGACCUCCACGUGGAGCGUGUCUACUGCGGCCACCUUUACCACUUCGGCUGCCUCGUGCAGUACAUGAAGACGCCGCCAUUCGACGGCGGCAAGAAGUGCGAGUUCUGUGGCAAGCGCAUCUUCCACGACAAGUACAAGGUGUCGCCGCAGCUGGCCGAAGCGCGCUGGGCGCAGGAGCAGGCGCGAGAACGCGAGCUGGGCGAGGUCAUUGACUUUCUGUCGUGACGUGGCGUCGCCUGGCCGCUGUCUCGACGCGACUAUCCGGCCCGUGUUCGGUAGGACUGUGCGUCCGUUGGCACAGUAUGAGGUCCUCGCACGUUACCUAUCGCUGCAGCGUUAUUUGCUGUAAGCUGAGCGCUCCGGAUUGUGACGCUGACUUUUCGUGGCCGCAUCGUGUUUGAACGCUUUGGCAGGGACUUCUGGGAUCGUAGCGUUGGGACGCGAUGAAACCGGUGCUUGGAGAACGCUUUUACCUGAUUGGUUCAAUAAAUAUCCUAACCAACCGAU